GACGUCACCCUGGGCCGCCAUAUUGGAAAGGCGCCGCCGCCGCCGCCCCCGAGCCUCAUCUCCGGUCGUGUUGGGCCGCGGCUGCAGGCAGGAAGGCGCUGUUCUCCCGCUCCGGGGACGUCCGGCCCGCCUGCUUCGGCCCGCCCCGUCUCCCCAUGACUGUCCGUGCCGCCGGCCGUCGCUCCGGCGCCCGGAUCUAACACGGAAGCCCGGGUCCGGGGCCGCGGGGGGGCGGGGGCACGUCGGAAGGGGAGCCCGGGUCGCGUCCCGCACCCCCGGGGAUCCGGCGCGGCGCCUCGGCCGGAGCCAUGACCUCGCUGACCCAGCGCAGCUCGGGCCUGGUGCAGCGGCGCACCGAGGCCUCCCGCAGCGCCGCCGACAAGGAGCGGGCGACGGGCGGCGGCGGCGGCGGCGGCGGCGAGGAGGACGCCCCGAGCCGCCGCGAGGAGCAGGACGACGACGACAAGGGCGACUCGAAGGAAACGCGGCUGACCCUGAUGGAGGAGGUGCUCUUGCUGGGUCUCAAGGACCGAGAGGGUUACACAUCAUUUUGGAAUGACUGUAUAUCAUCUGGAUUACGUGGCUGUAUGUUAAUUGAAUUAGCAUUGAGAGGAAGGUUACAACUAGAGGCUUGUGGAAUGAGGCGUAAAAGUCUAUUAACAAGAAAGGUGAUCUGUAAAUCAGAUGCUCCAACAGGGGAUGUUCUUCUUGAUGAAGCUCUCAAGCAUGUAAAGGAGACUCAGCCUCCAGAAACAGUCCAAAACUGGAUUGAGUUACUUAGUGGUGAGACGUGGAAUCCAUUAAAACUGCAUUAUCAAUUAAGAAAUGUACGGGAACGAUUAGCUAAAAACCUGGUAGAAAAGGGUGUGCUGACAACAGAGAAACAGAACUUCCUACUAUUUGACAUGACGACACAUCCUCUCACCAAUAACAACAUUAAGCAGCGCCUCAUCAAGAAGGUACAGGAAGCUGUUCUUGACAAGUGGGUGAAUGACCCUCACCGCAUGGACAAGCGCUUGCUGGCCCUCAUUUACCUAGCCCAUGCCUCAGAUGUUCUGGAGAAUGCUUUUGCCCCUCUUCUGGACGAGCAGUAUGAUUUAGCCACUAAGAGAGUACGGCAGCUUCUUGACUUAGACCCAGAAGUGGAAUGUCUGAAGGCCAACACCAAUGAGGUUCUGUGGGCUGUGGUGGCGGCCUUCACCAAGUAACUCUGUUAGAAUGAAAUGUUUCCUUUCUCUCAUGUAAACCAGUAGUUUUUCUUCUAUUGACUUCUGGUUUUCUGCAGUUUGUACUUUUCCCACACUAUAAUUGGCUUUUGUUUUUAAGAAAUAGUGGGUGGCUAUUUCCUUUUUGUAUGUAUGGAGGAUUCUGCUGGUACGAGAGGCCUUCUUUGUUUUUAACAAAUUUACUGCCAUAUUGGCAUCCCAUUCCCUGUUGCCAUUCUUUCUCACUGUUAACCUGUUUUGGGUUUCUGGUACACUUUGACUUUCAAAGUACCUCCAGUCACCUCGCAUGCACAGCUUUUGGAUUACCUCAGCGUGAGUUUUCCCACAUGUGCAUGAGCAUUUCUCUGGCAUUCUGCCUGCAAUUCAGACAGAAGUCACAAACAAGGCCUUCAACUCACCAAAGGUAAAUAUCUGUAUCUAUUAGGACAUUUUUAUACAUAGACCUCAGUUGAGAUGUAUACUUAGCAAAAUUAUUUUUAAAUUGAAACAGCACAGUAAAUACUUAAUAUAAAAUGCCCCUUGGAUUUUGCCUCCCAUGUAAAUCUAUUGUAUUAUUACACUUGUUAUAAUUUUAACAAUUAAAAUCAUACAGGUCCAAUUGUUUCACAGAGCCAGUUUGGGAUGGGCUGCAUUCCAUUUAUGCUAUGUAUAUAGUUUGAAUUAUAUAUAAAUUUCCCCUUCUGGCCACCCAGUCCCCAUCUUAGUAUUUUGCAAGAUUUAAUUAGUUGUACACCUGGUGCCCCUCACUUUGGUCAUUAUUACUUAAUGGCAAAAAUAAUCCUCUCAUUGAAGGAGAGAAAAAGAUGUACGCCUGACUGGUCCUAGGAGUUUUUGAGCUGUGCCAUUCAUGGUACUUUUUGCCUAUGCAUCUCUUUUUAGGAUUUUUUUAAUUUCUUGAUCUUACUGUUUCUAUGAUUUUUGUAGGGAAGAGGCUUGUGACCAGUACUAAUCUUGAGUACGAUUUUUUCUUUUUCUGACCAGAAGUAAAUUAAUGUCUGCUCUGAAAUGUCAUUUAUCUACUCAUACUUUUUGAAGGAAAAAUAAAUCAAAUGUCAGUCCUAGCAGAUGUUGCAUGUAAAUUGGUAGCAAGUAAUGACUACAAACUCAGAUGAUUAAGAAUUUUGUAACAGAAAGCUCUGCUAUGUUUUAAUUUUUUAUAUACAGUUAUAAUUAGCACAUUGUAAGGCUAUAAAACUUUGCUUUUUAAAGUUUAUUUUUACUAUUUCUUUAUCACUGUUUAUUGUACCACCAUUGGUUUCGUAAUGUAAAUACUAUACAUUGAACAAAUUAAAUGUCAAAUUUUUUAUUGCCAUAGUUCAUGUUAAUAGUGGGGCUUUCAGGUGUUUAGAAAUUUUUGGUUAACACUCAAUGCAAAAGAACUAGAUGGUGUAUAACUCUAGAGUUGAAUUUAAGGGAUUCUCUAAUAUGUAUACUAUCUUUUUAUCUGAAAUAAUAAAUAAACUAUGAUCUUGAAAGUGCCUGAAUCACA